CUUGUGUUUACUAUGUCAAGGUCGCGCUUGUCAAAUAUGUCAAAGGGCACUGUUUACCGUCUAAAAUUAAAAAUGAAUCAUAAAUAAACUUCCACAACAUCGGCAGUGCUUCAUGUGAUCAAAAUGGACCACCGGUCGCCCCUCGAGAGCAUCUUCGGCAUCAUUGGGGGCUUGCCCCAGGGGCACGACAAGCCCGUCAAGCAUGCCCUUUACAACGCCGUGGCCCUGCUGCUGCUCGUCCUGUGCUGCGCCGCGGCCUGGGCCCUUUUUCUCAUCCUCGAGCCCUUCGUCAAGCCGCUCAUCUGGGCGCUGCUCGUGGGCUCGGUGCUGCACCCCCUGAAGCGGUCCCUGAGGGACCGCUUCCAGGCCUGGUUCGAGUCGCUGGAGGUGGCCCACACGCCCAUCGUGCUGGGGGUGGUGCUGCUGCCCAUCAACAUCAUCAACGACCUGUCGGACUUCAUCGGCGACCAGAUAGUGAAGAGACUCAAGUUCAUUGUGGCUGUGUGUGUGGCUAUUCCGGUGGUCCUGUUGAUAUACAAUUUCACGCCGAAGCUGAUUGUGUGUAUUUUUUAUAAAGCGUACCUUUACAGUUAUUUCGUGCUGAAUUUUUGCCUGGAUAAUGCGAGUUGGUGGCCGGUCGGGUUGGUGCUGGUGGGGUACUUUUCGCUGAUACUGGUGUUCUGGAAGCCGGAGAAUAACACGAAGUUUCAUUAUACGUCGAUUGCGGUGUGGUUGCUGUUGUCAUGUUGUUUGGCUCAUCAAUGUGGGGGGUUCCAAAUGCCGGCCUUUAUUUUUCUCCAGGUGGUGUUCUUUGGAGGGUUUAUCAGUGAGGUUUAUGAUAUUCAUAACGAGCUAAAUGCUGAAGGUCAUUCUAUAACAUUUUUCGAAUCUCUAUCCAUCGCCUUCCACGACAAGUCCUCUGAAGCGGACGAAGAUAGCGACGACAACAAACGACCACCAUGUGAUAUCAAACAAAGCCCUGAAUUAGCUCCCAGCGUAACCUCUCGCGAGAAACUCCUUCACCACAUUGAAGGCCAAGAAACAUCUGACUCCUCUUUCAAAUCAAAACCCUCUUCAGUCAAAUUCGACGAGGGUGUCGGCGACACGCCCCAAAAAUCAAAACUCAAAGACCCUUAUUCCCUUGAACUCUUUGAUGAAGAGAAAAGUGAAGUUCUAAAAAGAACUGAUUCCGAACUGAGUAAUACAAACAUUCUGAUCACAAAUAAGGGGAUACAUUUAAUAUCAAAAGACAUCCUGAAAACACAGUCUAAGGAAUUAAAGCGUUCCUUAUCGCAACCCCAAUUUUCCAGCGGCGCUAGAUUAAAAGGACGUUCUAGUUUGCUUAGCUUAAAUAGACAGUUUAGUGCGAAAGGAUCCACUCAAAGUUUACUUGAUACAGAAAAAUACGAGAGUACUUUUUACCUCUACUCGGUUCUGUGGGCGUGCGUUGUAAUGCUCUUUUGGAAAAACAUAGUUCUUUUACCGUUGCUACCUCUACCCAUUUUACUGUAUUGUAUCAAACAUGCCGGGAAGUAUUUCGGGUUGUGGAGUUGGUUGUACGAACGACAGAGGAACGCAGUGCUUGCUAUUAAUGACUGGUGUAAUGAAAGACACGACGCUUUAGUACCGGUGCCAAUUCGAGGCUUAUAUAGAGUUGUCCAUAAAAUUAAUACGUUCCUCAAGACGAGUGUUAAAGAAAGUAUUGAUACAGUAGCGAGCUGUGUUGUGAUUUUAGGAUUAAUUAUUUUUCUAACGUGUGCGUCUAUUUUUAUAGCGGUUCAGAUUUAUGCUGAAGCGAUUAUGCUGGUGCAAAUGACUGGUAACGUAAUAAACCAGACGGUUGUUCAUAAUCCGGAAUUGAGGCAGCUACUGCCGCCGGCGUGGGAUGAUACCGUGGAUUCCAUUUUGGAUAACGCGUAUCAGUAUGGACGGGAAGGCAUUUCCAAAGCUGUCAAAGGUAUGAUGACUGACGUCGAUUCGGCGAAAUCCGAAAAACUAGAAAAACAAAUCCUGGAACUGUGGGACCGCGUUUAUCAAUCCUGGAUGUCUACAGACGAUGCCAACGGCCCUAAAGUCACCUCAGACGCCGUGCGAAUGUCUUGGGAAAACUUCAUGAGCGACAUCCAGCGCUCUCCAGAAAUGUUCAACUUAAACGGAAUCAUCGACUUCGCCAAGCAGAACGUCGGCACUCUACUAAGCCUACUUGAAUCCAUCUGGGCAAUCGUCAAAGGCAACAUCGGUCUAGUCCUCGGCUCGUUCAGCGCCUUCUUGUCCGUGAUUCUCGGUGGCGGCACCGCAGUCUUAAACUUCAUCCUCAACGGCAUCGUCUUCCUGACCACCCUGUUCUACCUCCUCAGCUGCAGCGGCGACCUCUACAAACCCGUCGAGCUGCUCACGAACUUCUCUUCCAGCGGACGCCGCUUCGGUCACGCCCUCGAGGGCGCUAUCAACGGCGUCUUCAACGCCUCUUUCAAGAUGGCCGCCUUCUACGGGCUCUGGACCUGGUUCAUCCACAACCUGUUCGCCGCCAAGAUCGUGUACCUGCCGUCGGCGUUCGCGACGAUCUUGGGGGCGGUGCCGUUUCUGGGCACGUACUGGGCGUGUUUCCCGGCAGUUUUGGAUCUGUGGUUGGCGCAGGAGCGCGGGAUUGAAGCGAUCUUGAUCGCGGUGUUCCAGUUUCUGCCGACGUCGAUCGUGGAUACGACGAUCUAUAAGGAGAUCAAGGGGGGGCAUCCGUAUCUGACGGGGUUGGCUAUAGCCGGAGGGAUUUUCUGUCUGGGAGUGGAAGGGGCGAUCAUCGGGCCGCUGCUGUUGUGCGGGUUGUAUGUGGCGAUCGAUUUGAGUUCUAGUCUUUUCAAGGAGUCUCCUUCUGAGGAACCGCUGAAUUUGACGCUGCAGUUGCAAGAGAGAUGAGUGAGGGUUGGCUUCUUUGAAGUUUGGAAUUUUGCCUAGCGUUAAGUGCACCGAUGGCUUAGUUUUUUUGCAUUUAAUUCUUAAUUUUGGAAUACUUUUUGUAUUUAUUGUUAUUUAUGACGCGAGGAGUAUUUAUUUGUUGAUUUUUUUUAAAGAAAUAAACUUAUUCGCUGUUGA